AUGGAACCAAACCACCCCUCUCGUCAAGACUCCCAUACCUCUACGACAAGUGAUGAUGACGAAUUAGCCACCUAUACUACCGGACAGGAUCGUCGAAGCUUGAACGAUGACUUGGAGACGGCAACUAUCACCAGACGGCCGACUGCCCUCCAGGAAGUUGAGCUCGAGCGCAUCCAGACCUAUCGCCUUCAACACAAGUCAACGGUUGGAUCUGGAAUCGGAAAAGUCCCCCGCGAACAAUGGCUGCCAAUGGGAGCAGGAAAGCCAUUCCCUCCAGAUCUACCCGAUCCAGAACAAUUCGUCGUGGAAUUCACAGGUGUCGAUGAUCCUCUACAUCCGCAAAAUUGGUCACUGGCGAAGAAGAUCACCAUUUCAGUGGUUUUGGCGUACACAACCUUCGUCGCAUCGUUUUCCAGCGCGAUUUUCUCCGCCGGUAUCAGUGAGAUCGACAAAAGGUUUCAUAUCAGCAGUGAGGUUGCCACCCUGGGUGUGACGCUAUAUGUGCUGGGGUUCGCGUCCGGGCCUACUUUAUGGGCACCGGCGAGCGAAUUGAUUGGCAGAAGAUGGCCAAUCUGUGUCGGCAUGUUUGGAUUCUCGAUCUUCACGAUUGGGACAGCGACAUGCAAAGACGUGCAGACACUCAUGCUGACUCGGUUCUUUGCGGGAUUUUUCUCAGCAAGCCCGAUUGCCAUUGUCCCGGCCGUCUUUGCCGACAUGUAUAAUAAUCAGACUCGCGGAAUUGCAAUUGCGAUGUUUGCGAUGGCGGUGUUUGUCGGCCCCUUUGCAUCCCCGUUCACCGGUGGCUUUAUCACCGACUCAUACCUUGGUUGGAGAUGGACGAUGUAUAUCGCCAGUAUCAUGGGGUUUCUGGCAACCGGGCUCUGUCUUGUCUUUCAAAAGGAGACUUAUGCCCCAACCAUCUUGGUCGAAAAAGCCGUCACACUCCGCAGGCAGACGCAUAACUGGGGUAUACGUGCGAGACAGGAGGAAGUUGAGCUGGACUUGCACGAACUGAUUACUGUCAACUUUAGUCGACCAUUUCGCAUGCUAUUCACCGAGCCGAUUGUGUUUCUCAUUUCCCUUUGGAUGAGCUUUGUAUAUGGCUUGAUCUAUGCUCUCCUCAGUGCAUAUCCUGUCGUCUUCCAAGAAAUUCACGGAAUGAACCUUGGUGUUGGAAGCCUUCCCUUCAUUGGUCUGAUUAUAGGCGAGCUCUUUGCUGGAGUAUAUAUUUUGUAUGAUCAAAAGUCAUACUCAAAGAAGUUGGCCGCCAACAAUAACGUCCCCAUUCCUGAAUGGCGUCUUCCACCAUCCAUCGUCGGAGGCGUGUUCUUCACCGUGGGACUUUUCUGGUUCGGUUGGACAGGAUGGACUAAAUCGAUCCAUUGGAUGGCCCCAACAGCAAGUGGUGUGAUCACUGGCUUCGGAAUCUACGUGAUCUUUCUGCAGUGCUUCAACUAUCUGAUUGACUCAUACUUGACAUUUGCCGCGUCAGUCUUUGCUGCAAAUACCAUCAUCCGUUCAUCGGUUGGAGCGGCAUUUCCUCUCUUCUCAAAACAAAUGUUCAACAAUUUGGGAGUCCAAUGGGCUGGUACUCUCCUUGGAUGCCUUGCUCUUAUCAUGGUCCCUAUUCCACUCUUAUUUAUCAAAGUCGGGCCUGCCUUGCGAAAGAGGUCCAAGUUUGCGCCGACUGGGGACCCGCGCCCAACGACGCCGGUUGAGAAGAAUGAGCGGGCGAGUGUAUAG